AUGGAGCACGAAGGGCAGCACGAACAACACGACGACGUUUACGGCGGCGACCUGCCUGAGGAGGCUUACAUGGAGUCAGAUUUCGAUCCUUCUGCUGAUGCGGAAGCGUGUGCAACUGAUGACUCCAAAGGCAAGGACUUGGAGAAUAUGAAGAAAAGAUUGCAGGAGAUUGAAGAAGAAGCAGGUGCUCUACGGGGAUUGCAGGCUAAGGUUGAGAAGGAGAUGGGCGCAACUCAAGAUGCAGGUGGGUCCUCUGCCACCCAAGCUGAAAAGGAGGAGGUGGAUUCUCGAUCCAUUUAUGUUGGAAAUGUGGACUAUGCCUGCACACCUGAAGAGGUGCAGCAACAUUUUCAGUCUUGUGGGAUUGUGAACAGGGUCACUAUUUUGACUGACAAGUUUGGUCAACCCAAGGGCUUUGCUUAUGUGGAGUUCGUGGAAGUCGAGGCCGUUCAGAAUGCUCUUCUGCUUAACGAGUCAGAGCUGCACGGCCGUCAGCUGAAGGUGUCAGCUAAGAGAACUAAUGUCCCUGGCAUGAGACAGUACAGGGGUAGGCGCCCCAAUCCGUAUUUUGGGUCAAGAAGGCCUUUUAUGCCUGCUCCUGGCUACCCUCCUUAUGGCUAUGGGAGUGUUCCGAGGUUCAGGCGUCCUAUGCGCUACAGGCCUUAUUGA